AUGGAGUGUGACGGGUGGCGGCGGGCCACGUCCGACUGCGGCGUGCCCUACUACGUGCACCACGGCGAGCAGCGCACCUCCUGGACGCACCCGCGGCUCGCGGCGGCCCUGCGCUGCGUGCAGGACUGCGCCUACGUCCGCUACGCCGCCUAUCGCAUGGCCCUGAGCGCGGCGCUGACGGCGCUGGACCGGCGUCGCACCGGCGUCGUGUCCGUCACCGCGCUGAAGCUGCUGCUCGGCCUGCUGUGCGCCGGCCGCCUCACCGACCGCUACCGCUACCUGUACGCAGAGCUGGCCGACGUGGCCGGCGCCGUCGCUGAGCUGCUCGGAGAGCGCGAGACCUUCGGCCGCCACCUGGUGGCCGGUACGGUGGCCUCCUGCUUCGGAGGAGGCAGCGCCGGCGCUCUGACCAGGGACGGCCUGAUGACGUGGCUGCUGCGGGAGCCGCAGAUGCUGGUGUGGGUGUCGACGCUGUACAGGCUGACGUCCGCCGAGGAGGUGGUGCACAGCGUCGGCUGUAGCGUGUGCGAGGCCAAGCCACUGGUCGGACUCUGCUACGCCUGCCUGCAGUGUCUCGGCGUCUACCUCUGCCAGGAGUGCUUCUUCCGCGGGCGCGCCGGCCGCGGCCACAAGCCGCAGCACCCGCUGCAGGAGUUCUGCGCGCAGUGGAACCGGCGCCAGAAGACGCAGGCGCUGCUCAAGACGCUGUGGAACAAGUUGAGUGGCCGACGGGAGCGCGCGCCGGACGAGGACCCGCCGUCCUCGUCCUCCUCCGACGAGGACGACGAGCUGCUGUCGCGCACGAUCCUGGACGGCUCGGUGGCGCUCGACCCGCGGCUGGACAGCAUUCUCGGCCACCUCGAGUCCGAGAACGGUCUGCUGGCGGGGGAGCUGCGGCGGCUGCGCGGUGUGCUGCCACCGGGAGAACGCGUGCCCGUCGCGCACACGCGCCAGAUGCGCGCGCAGCUGCACCGCCGCCUGCCGGACCUCACCGAAUACUCGCUCUCCGACCUGAGCUCGCCGCAGCGGGUCGACCUGACGGUGCCGGCUGCCUCGCCGCUAUCGCCCUCGCCGGCCGUGCGGAACGCCGAGGAGGCCCUGGCGGUGCUGGCGGCGGAGGUGGCGCUGCUGGAGGAGACCACGAACCGCGGGCCGGAGACUUGGCCCAGCGGGGCCCUGAUGGGCACUGUGCCGCACCAGACGGCCGCCGAGCUGCUGGAGCUGCUUUCUGACCUGGAGAGCCUCUGCGUCACCGCCAACUAA